UAUUACUGUUAUCGAAAUUCACUAAUAAAAACCACGUACUUAUCUCAGUCUGUUGACUCUGUUGUCCGUGACUGUAUGUUGUAUCUCGUAACUUAAACUUUGAACGUUUGAAGUGUUUGAACAUAAUAACAACUCUUUUACUCAUUACUCAUUUGUUAUUAUUUAUUACCUAAGUAACUAGUUAGCGUCAUGCACUGUGGAGCCAUUUCUUAUUGACAUCCGUUUUGAGUUGUUUGUUAUUGAACUCAGACUGAGUACGUCGUACUUGUGACAUUACGAUUCGUGGGCAGCCAAUCUUACCUCGAUCUCACGAUGAACAGCAGUGACAGCGAUGAUUUGACCGAAGAGUUUUUAACAGACGACCAUCAAAAUUUCUUAUCUCAAGGACAAGAUGCUCAAGAUUGUGUGGAAAUGGUCACAUUAGACAAUACAGAUGAUUCAUCAAAUCAAGGAGAAGUGUAUGAACUUAAAUUUGGCAAACCACUUAGAGAACAAGAUAGAUUUCUUCCUAUCGCAAAUAUUGCAAAAAUUAUGAAAAAAUCUAUACCAGAUGGUGGAAAGAUAGCAAAAGAUGCUCGAGAAUGCGUACAAGAAUGUGUUUCGGAAUUUAUAAGUUUUAUAACCAGUGAAGCUAGUGACAGAUGUUUCCAAGAAAAACGUAAAACUAUUAAUGGAGAAGAUAUUCUUUAUGCAAUGUCUAAUUUAGGUUUUGACAAUUAUGUAGAACCCUUAAAACUAUAUUUACAAAAAUAUAGAGAGGCUACAAAAGGAGACAAAUCAAUUGGAAUUGAAGAACUUUCGGAUGACGUGUUUUCUAAUGACACAAGUUAUACAAAAAUAUUUGGACAGAACAAUCAAAAUGAAUCUGUCAUCUACUAUCAAGAUCCAAUUCAACAAUUCCACAUAGUAUAGUUAAUUUUUUUGUUUUUCUUACUUUUUCGUUAGACUGUAACUAUAUAUAUCUUGAAAAAAUGUAUUGCACUAAUUGUAGCUUUUAUACAAGAUA